AUGGGCCACGGAAACUCCAACAAGCUCUAUGUCACUCAUGCAGAGCACUCAGGGAUGUUUGGGCAACAUACUGCUUCCUCUGGAGGAUUCAGAGCGAAGCAGGAAGGCCCCAGUCGCGGAGCACUGACACCUUUCGACUGUUGUUCACUUUCCUUCCAGCCAUUCAACCACCCAGUAUGCGCCAGAAAUGAUGAUGGAACAGGCAACGUGUUUGAACUGACGAACAUCAUUCCAUGGCUAAAACAACACGAUAACACGAAUCCCGUCACAAAGGAGCCUCUGAAACCCUCUGACCUCAUAACCCUCCACUACUCCCGCAAAGCCUCCGGUGAAUACCACGACCCCAUAACCUUCAAACCUUUCAGCGAACACUCGCACAUAGUGGCUAUCGCAUCCACUGGCAAUGUCUUCCUCGCGGAAAGUAUCAAGGGAGGGAAAGACCUAGUGAAUGACGUGCGUUUCAAAAAAGAGGAUGUCAUCACGCUUCAGAACCCUCAUGGAAUGCCAACGGUCUCAGUUUCCAACGCCAAGGCGGCCUCAACUUCGAAGACUGACAAGGAAAAGACUGCUGUGGCGAAAGCUGGCCCAGUUGCAGCUGUUCAGAAAGAGGCUGUACCUUGGAACAUCUCUCCUUACUCAUCUGGGCAACAGGGCGCUUCAUUCACGUCUACUUCGGUAGACCCAAAUGCACAAGCUGCCAAACUCGUAUGGGACGAAGAGGAACUCAUGUUUGACGAUGUCUCAAAGCCUGCAAAGGGAAAGGGGAAAGAGAAGGAUAUAGGCAAACGUCGAGCGUACGUUCGCGUCGUCACUAGUCUUGGAGGGAGUCUGAACCUGGAACUUUUCUGCGAGAAAGCCCCAAAAACAUGCUACAACUUCCUCAUGCUUGCACGAGAGGGAAAAUAUAAUAAUUGCCUAUUUCACCGCCUAGUCCCCGGAUUCAUGAUUCAAACAGGCGAUCCAGCAGGCACUGGCUCUGGAGGACAAUCAUACUGGGGGACUCCUUUCCGUGAUGAAUAUGACCUCAAGGGAGCUGCGAAGCAUGACAGCCGGGGCACGCUAGCGAUGGCCAACAAGGGUGCUAGCACGAACGGUUCUCAGUUCUAUCUUACUUUCCGAGCUACACCACACUUGGACAACAAGCAUACGGUAUUCGGAAAGUUAGUCGGUGGCGACGAUGUUCUGAACGCACUGGAGAAACUAACGUUGAAGGCUGGAACUGAGCGGCCUCUGAAAGAAGUCCGGAUAACCGAAGUGAUCAUUUACCAGGACCCUUUCGAGGACUACAAGAAACGGUUGGCCAAAAAGUUGGCCAAGCGAGCAGAAGCAGAACAGAAUCCGACUCCGAAAGUAGAGGAGAAGAAGGAAGGAGACGACGUCAACUGGUUCGGGCUCAAGGUUGGACUAGAGACGUCCGACACCACAGGUAGUGGUGGUGGCGUCGGAAAGUAUCUUAGCCUGAAGCGGCCGGCUUCCGCUGUUGCUGGGGCUCAGUCGGAAGACAGCAAGAAGCGUAAGCUGGGCUUUGGAGAUUUCUCGAAUUUCUAGUUCUUGCUUGUGUAUGUAUCACCA